ACCAACUAAACUCAUCACUACCAUGAAUAACCUUAUCACUUUGUUCGUUCUUGCAGCCUGUGUAGCUCCCCUGUACGCACUGGAUUGCUACUCUUGUGGUUACGUUACCGGAGGUGGAGCUGACUGUUUAGAUACAUUUGAUACCUCUACGUUGAACUCUAGCAGUGAUGUUACAACGGCUACUUGCUCCGGACAAUGCUCGAAAACCACCGUAACUGUCAACAGCGCAGUGACCGCCCAGGCCCGAGCCUGUGUAGCUAGCUGUACCGGUGGGUGUAUCUCGCUCUUUGGGAUCAGGACGUGCACAAACUGCUGCAGUACAGAUUACUGCAACAGCGCCACCAACGUUCAAAUGAGCAUCAUUGCCAUGAUGGCCGCUCUUCUCGCCCUUGAAGUCAAAUGCACAAUGGUAGUCCAUACUCUUCAUGUUGGCCUUUAUAUUUCUCCGUGUCAUUCCCGCCUUGGUAUUUAAUAGAGCUGAAGGCGGAGACUUCAGAUCGAUGGAAACCUCCCUUAUUACAGAGUUUGAUCACUGCAAUGCCAGGCAA